CUGGAAGACGGGCUGCCACGGUCUCAAAAUCCGGGGAGAAGCAGCGGAGCGAGCCGAGGGGCGGCGUGGCGUGGCUGGGGUGUGACAUUUUCUUCCUGGAUGUUUCUUCAGCUGUCUCGUGAUGGAAGGGAAAUAUUUUUGAAGUUAUAAUGGAUUUUACGCAACAUCAUAACAAAAACUGGCCUAAUAGCAGCAUUUCUGUUUGAAGAGAAUAAGCAUAAUUACAAAUAAUCAUGACAACUUCUCAUAUAAAUGGACAUCUCACAGAAGAUUCUGACAGCGAAGCAAAAAAUGUGGAUCUUGCAUUUCCUGAGGAACCUCAGAAGCACAGAGAAAUGGCUGUUGAUUGCCCUGGGGAUUUGGGCUCCAGGAUGAUGCCCAUGCGGCGGAGCGCUCAACUUGAGCGAAUCCGUCAGCAGCAGGAGGACAUAAGGCGCAGACGGGAAGAAGAGGGAAAGAAACAAGAACUGGACCUUACUGCUUCCAUGAGGCUAAAGAAACUAGCACAAAUUCCUCCUAAAACUGGAAUAGAUAAUCCAAUAUUUGACACAGAAGAAGGAAUUGUUUUGGAGAGCCCUCAUUAUACUGUGAAGACAGUAGAAGUGGAAGAACUGUUAACUUCUCUUAAGCAUAUCCAGCACGUUUUGGUAGACCCUCAGAGCCAAGAGGAUAUCUCUCUCAUUUUACAGCUUGUUCAAAAUACUGAUUUUCAGAAUGCAUUUAAGAUACACAAUGCUGUUACAGUGCACAUGAACAAAGCCAGCCCUCCAUAUCCUCUCAUCUCCAAUGCACAAGAACUAGCACAAGAGGUACAGAGUGUUUUGAAACCCAGUCACCACAAGGAUGGGCAGGAGCUUAAUGCUUUGCUGAAUGCCCCUCACAUGCAGGCACUUUUACUGGCUCAUGAUAAGGUUGCGGAACAAGAAAUGCAACCAGAGCCUGUGACAGAUGAAAAAAUUUAUGAAAAUGUUGGCGUGUAUGGAGGGGAGACGGUUAAAAUAGUUCGCAUUGAGAAAGCUCGGGAUAUUCCCUUGGGUGCUACUGUUCGCAAUGAAAUGGAUUCUGUUAUCAUUAGUCGAAUAGUGAAAGGAGGUGCUGCAGAGAAGAGUGGGCUGUUACAUGAAGGGGACGAAGUUCUGGAGAUUAAUGGCAUUGAGAUUCGUGGAAAAGAUGUUAAUGAAGUUUUUGACCUGUUGGCUGACAUGCACGGUACUCUGACCUUUGUAUUGAUUCCCAGUCAGCAGAGCAAGCCACCUCCUGCGAAGGAGACAGUUAUACAUGUGAAAGCGCAUUUUGACUAUGAUCCCUCUGAUGACCCUUACGUCCCCUGCCGAGAGUUAGGCCUAUCUUUUCAAAAAGGAGAUAUACUCCAUGUGAUCAGCCAAGAAGAUCCAAACUGGUGGCAGGCUUACAGAGAUGGAGAUGAAGAUAAUCAGCCACUGGCAGGCCUUAUCCCUGGAAAAAGUUUUCAGCAACAAAGAGAAGCAAUGAAGCAAACCAUAGAAGAAGACAAGGAGCCAGAAAAAUCAGGAAAACUCUGGUGCGCGAAGAAAAACAAAAAGAAACGGAAAAAGGUUUUAUACAAUGCAAAUAAAAAUGAUGAUUAUGACAAUGAGGAAAUUCUGACCUAUGAGGAAAUGUCACUGUAUCAUCAACCAGCAAAUAGGAAACGGCCUAUUGUUCUGAUCGGCCCACAGAACUGUGGCCAGAAUGAAUUGCGGCAGCGACUUAUGAAUAACGAAGUAGAUCGCUUUGCCUCUGCAGUUCCCCAUACUACUCGGAGCAGGCGAGAGACUGAAGUAGCUGGCAGGGAUUACCAUUUCAUUUCCCGACAGGCAUUUGAGAGUGACAUAGCUGCAGGGAAGUUCAUUGAAUAUGGAGAGUUUGAAAAGAACCUUUAUGGUACUAGCAUAGACUCUGUGCGGCAAGUAAUCAACUCUGGCAAGAUAUGCCUUUUAAAUCUUCAUACCCAGUCACUGAAGACACUACGUAAUUCUGACUUGAAGCCAUACAUAAUAUUUGUUGCACCACCUUCACAAGAGAGAUUACGUGCUUUAUUGGCCAAAGAAGGGAAAAACCCAAAGCCAGAAGAGCUGAGAGAAAUCAUAGAGAAGACAAGGGAAAUGGAACAGAACAAUGGCCACUACUUUGAUACCGCAGUUGUGAAUUCUGAUCUUGAUAAGGCGUAUCAAGAGUUACUUCGGUUAAUAAACAAACUUGACACAGAACCCCAGUGGGUGCCCUCUACCUGGCUACGAUGAGAGAGCAAUUCCAAGGGACAAAUGGACUUCAAUCUAGUAAUCUUUCCAAGGAGAUCGUGUGUAGGUCUGUCCAAUUCUAGUAUAAAUGCGUGAGCUCUAGACCUCAGUGGCUGCAUCAUUUGCUAGUGAAAUUGCGUAUUAUUGAAAAAAUACGCUUAUCAGCUUGUGAGCCGAUUUAACUGAUCUAAUGAUUGUCCAAGUUUUCUUUCUCUGUGGUCUAGAAAUGGAGACCUUGUCAGUACUAAAUUCUAAAGCUUUAGAUAGAUUUUUCUAGUAACUACUUUUAUACAUAAAUCCACCUUUUUUACCUAGAAUCACCCUUAUGAAAUCAAAGAUUUUUAAGUGUGUGUAUAUAUACAGUCUAUGCUGUCACAUAGUUAUAAAUAUGAAUGUUAUUUAACACUUAACUUAAUGACUUUGUGGGACAUGAUGGUAGUUCAGGAGAAUAAUUCUACAGAUCAUUGGGCAGAGAAAUAAUCUACACGUGAAAAACGUUAAUGAGAAAUCUCUCCUGUUCAAAAAAUACACAGAAUGAAGAUGCCGCUCUGGUCUGGAGCUGCCCUGUGAGGCUUGAGUUAAUAUUUUAAUUCUCAAAACAUUCUUUAAUUCCCAAAACAUUCCAUUUUCUAAUAGCACUGUAAUUGGAAAAUGUGUAUAAUGUAAAUAUUUCAACCCUUAUGUCUUUUUAGUCAAGACUUUUUAAAUCAGAUUUGACUGCACAUUAAUUUUAGGUCCAAUCAAAGAUGAAUAUUAUAUUGAUCUUUUAGAUGUGAUAUUUUUAUGGAAUUUUCUUUAAAAGAUAUUGACCAAUUGGAGCCGCUGUUUUCCACAGAUCUGUAGAGAUAUUUAGAAAGGCAGAGGUUAUAUUUUUGUGAAAAAUAUAUAGUUAUAAGACAUGCUGCUUAAAAGUCAACUUAAGUUCUCAUGUUUUAUAACAGAGUACUGACUAAACUAGACUGAUGUGCUGAACAUUGGAAGAUAGUGGGGUUUUUUAAUCUCUGCAAGUGGUUCAUCUUGUGGCUGUUGGUCUAAUGGAUAACUAACUGGAAUUAAAAUAGCUGAAUGUAGCUACUGCGUUAUAAAUGAGUAUUGUAAUUCACUAGCCAACAUAUUGUCCUGCCUUUGCUCAGUACUGCAGUGAAAGUAUGUGUAAAACACUGGUAACUGACUGAGAAGUCAUAAGAAAGGGGAAUAUUUGUAAUGGUUAAAACAAACAAAAAAAACUUGAAAGAAGUGAACAAAAGGCAAGGUCUGUCUGUAUCGUAGUGUGUUCUGCAAAGCAGAUUGGAACAUCUCUGCAUCCUCGAAUGAUUCUGAGCUGUGAAGGUUUAACUACUAAGGCUAUGCAUCUGCAGUAGGGCUGUUCUGUCGCUGAAGCUAACUGAGUAAUAGUAUCUUGGCUG